CCGGGGAGAGCGGAUAUAGUGAAUUCAGGUCCGGAGAAAGCAGAUAUAGUGAAUGCAGGGUCCGGGGAAACCGGAUUAGUGAAUGUGGGGAGACCAGAUAUAGUGAAUGCAGGGUCUGGGGAGAGUGGAUUUAGUGAAUGCAGGGUCCGGGGAGACCAGGAUAUAGUGAAUGCAGGGUCUGGGGAGAGUGGAUAUAGUGAAUGCAGGGUCCGGGGAGAGCGGAUAUAGUGAAUGCAGGGUCCGGGGAACCGGAUAUAGUGAAUGCAGGGUUCGGGGGAGACUGGAUAUAGUGAAUGCAGGGUCCGGGGAGAGCGGAUAUAGUGAAUGCAGGGUCCGGGGAGAGCGGAUUUAGUGAAUGCAGGGUCUGGGGAGACCAGAUAUAGUGAAUGCAGGGUUCGG